AUGCGCGACUCGUGUUUCCGAAACAUUGGGGAUGCCCGGAGGCCCCAUGCCGCCUUCGACCAGGAAGGGGGCGGUCGAGAGACGAGGGCCCGUGGGGACAGUGGGUCUCCGGCAGGGCCGGAGGUGCCGCAGGCCGAAGGCUUGCAGGCCACCAGCGAACAGCCUGUGCAGGAAGGCCAGGCCCGACCCGAGGGGCAGGUGGGCGGCCCCAGUGAGAUAUCAGUGCCGCUGGGGCAUGGCAUAGUGGCGGUGGAGGCGCUGUGGGGCCUGGUGGAGAAGGAGGUUGAGGUGGCGGCAGCGGAAGAGGACGCGCCUGGGGAAGAGGGGCAUGACCAGAGGAAGAAGGGGGAGGAGGACGAGGAGCAGGAGCCGGGGAAGGAGAAGGUCCAGGUUCACGAGGAGGAGGACGUGAAGGACGAGGGGGAGCAGCAGGAACAGAAGAGCAGAAGGAGGAGGAGGAGGAAGAAGGGCGGCGGUGGCGGUGGUGGGGGAAGAGGACCAGGAGGAGGAGCAGGAGGAGGAAGGGAAGGCGUGGGAGCCAUUAAAGGGAGAGCCGAAUUGCAAACCGAGGAGGAAGAGGAGCAGGAGAAGGGAGCGCUGGAGGAGCAGCAGCAGGGCCAGGAGGAGGUGGAAGGAAAGGAGGACAAGGAGGAGCGGGAGGAGGAGGAACAGAAGCCGAGUGAGCAGGAAGGCCGAUGGGUGGAAGAAGCCCAGGAGCUGCAGGUGAAGCAGGAUAAGAAGGAGCAGUUCGAGACAGGCCUCCGUCCUUGCCCUUCCCCACUGGAGGCUCUGGAGGCCCUUCAGAUAGAGCUACAGCCCGUGAAUAAACAAGCCAGCCAGGAGCACGCUCGACUCAAACUCAGGAUGUGGCAGAGGCGGCGGCAUCAUCUGGAACAGAGAAGUGCCCUUAUCCAGCGCAUCCGUGGUUUCUGGGCCAAACUGUGUCCUUCCUGCUGCUGGUGGAGGGUCCAGAGGGGGCUGGGCUUGCACAAGAGGAAGGAAAGGGAGGUGACAUUUAGAGGAACCCAGGACAGGGACUGGAGCUAA